UCCCUCUGUUCACCCCUUUCUCCCAUACAGAACGUUUGCUAUGUAUUUACUGAAUGUAAGACUAAGCUAGAAAUUUCCAGCCAAUUUUGUAUCCUGGAGAGAAGCAGCAUGUUUUAAGCUACACACAGUGCAAUCACUACUCACACUCAUCCAAGAUGUUUACACUGCAGCUCUGAGUCUGCAUUUUCAGCAGAAGAAAGAGAGUUCAGAAUCUGCAAUGCAUGUCCCACAGCCCUUGAACAUGGCCAGCAUGGUGCCGUGCUAGGUGGGAGAUUGGAAAAUGUUCACCCUUGUUGAAAAAAUGCAUAAUCUUUCCGUCUACUUACUUCCCGGCCGAGUUGCUGUGUUCACCCCGAUGGGCUUUCUGCCCAGGUCUAAGAUGGCUGCCAGGCAUGACACGGAUGGCUGCGAGAGCAGCAGCAGCAGCAGCAGCAGCAAGGGACUCACGCUGGGCUGCGUUUCUGAGCUCUCCGUGGCAGAAAUGACGAUUACCAGAUCCAAGUGCCCAGAAAUCAGGGUGAGGCCAGCGUCCUGGGGAGAUGAAACCUGUGUGAAGAUGGCAAAGCCACCGGGGGCAAGUGAGAACGGCGUUCUGAGGUCUGGACCGUACUUCGGCUCAAGCCACCAGGCUCGGUUCAGCCUGGCGGUCACGAAGCAGAAGCCUGGGAGUUUUCGUACGUUAAGAGGGGGAAAACACGCGCACAGGCCUCGCGAACCAGAACCGCAGCGGGCUGUUUAUUUCUGGUUACCCUGGGGGGGGCGAGGGGGGGCGGCAGCGAGGGAGCCUACGGGCCCGCUCAAAAAAGCCCUUCCGCGAGAGCGAGCGCUGCCGCCGGCCCCGCCGGAGGCUCUCAGGCCCCGCCAGGCCUCGGCCCACCAGCCGGCAGCCAGGGGCCUCCGCCGGCCGAGGGACGCCCCGCAGCAGAGGCCUCUGCCCAGCGCGGCCGGGGGGGCCCUGCCUCCGCGCUCCACCCCCCGCCCUCCGUCCCCUGACUCCCGGGGACCAGCGACACGGCUAAUUACCGAGAUCCCGUUUUCCUUUGGGCUGCUGGGGUCGGGUUUUGGGUUUUUUUGGUUACCGGCAGAUGAUCUCUGUGCACAGCAACAGCUUUGUUGCCACCCUUCGAUACCGCCUCGAGUUGCGUUAUGA